AUGGACUCGUCGUUAGUACUAUGGAACAAGAAGCGGCAGCCACGAGCAACAGCGAUCCUGGGAGCGUUCGUAGCGCGCAAUCGCAUCGACCGGCCUCUUUCUUACGGAGAUAAGGAGCUGUUUUUUGUGGCCACUGAGCUCGCUGAGACGCAGUACGCGUUUUCUGAUUAUGAAGCGGGAGGUGCGGGUUGGGACUUUCGCGACGCUGGCCCCGGCAAGUCGGUGCUCUGCGGCACCGCUACGCAUUACUACCCCGUUAAAGCGGAGGAUGAAAGGCUCGCUGCAAAUGCUAGCGUGCUGUACCUCAACAGCGAUGACUUCCUCGUGUAUGACCCAAAAACGAAGCCCCUGUACUAUACUCAGGCGCGACCUUGCGAGGUAUACCCGGGUGACGUGUAUUAG